AUGCGCUUCCACCUCCUUUUCGUUCUUUCCGUGGUUUUCCUCUCCUCAGUGUCAUCCUCCCUCGAACUCAUCGAGUCUCGCGCACUUAAUCUAUGCUCGGACAGUCUGAGCCUAACCGCAGAACACUUCAAUGUCGUCUUCACGCCCCAGAACCAGUCGAUGGCACUAGGCUUGGAUGGAACGUCGAGGAUCACCGGCUAUGUGAAAGCAGAGCUGGUCUUGACGGUGUAUGGGUAUGAGGCUCUGCGCAAGGUACUGGACCCCUGCGAUAUGAGCUUGGAUGGCCUGUGUCCCGUCCGAGCAGGGCCACUUCCCAUGAUGAGCACCAACAUCAAGAUCCCGGCGAACGUCGUCUCGCAGAUCCCUCGUAUCGCGUACUCUGUCCCCGAUCUCGACGCUACGGUUCGCGUUCAUAUCAACUCUACCGAAACUGGUGAAGAGAUCACCUGUAUCGAAGCGGCUCUGUCAAAUGGAAAGUCAGUCUAUCAAGCCGGGGUGGGAUGGACAACGGCAAUAAUUUCGGGGCUGGGGUUGGCCGCGUCCGCGAUUACCUCGAGUCUGGGGCAUUCGAAAGCCGCCACGCACAUCACGGCCAGCGUUGUCUCUCUGUUCGGGUUCAUGCAGUCUCAGGCUAUGUUCGGGAUGAUGUCUGUUCAUAUGCCACCUAUUGUACAGUCGUGGACCCAGAACUUUCAGUGGAGCAUGGGGAUCAUACACAUUGGGUUUCUGGAGAGGAUAUGUACUUGGUAUCAACGAUCAACGGGAGGAAGCCCCUCGACGAUCCUGUCCAAUCUUACGGUGACUUCGGUUCAUGUGGCCAAAAGGCACACCUCUGAGAUUAUUCGCCAUGCAUCUGGGUUGCUCAAAAGGGCGGGACAGAAAAGAAGUGCUACGAAUGGAGGCACAAUCAUGGUUCGAGGCAUUCCGCGAGUCGGCUUUAGGGCUGGAAUCGAAGCCACCAAUAUCUUUCUCACUGGAUUGAUAUUCUUCGUCGUUUUUGUAGCCGCGAUGAUGCUCCUUGUUGCUGCUUUCAAGGUCUUUUGUGAUAUUCGCACUCGGUCCGGAGGUGCAAAGACACUCAGAGCAUCGAGGAAAAGGUGGAACCUUGUUUCGAAAGGCGUCAUGUUUCGAUUGGUCUUGAUCGGGUUCCCUCAGAUGCUGAUACUCUGCCUCUGGGAGUUCACGCAGCAUGAUUCCCCAGCAGAAGUCUUGCUCGCGGCGGUCACGCUUCUGGGGAUGAUUAUCAGCGUCGGCUUUGCGGCGUUUAGGGCUAUCAGGCUGGCGCGGAAAUCGUUGGUCAUUCAUCAGAACCCGGCAUAUCUUCUUUACUCCAACACGCCCUUUUUGAGUCGCUGGGGAUUCCUUUACGUGCACUACAAGGCCACGACCUACUAUUUCAUCGUCGCAUCGCUUAGCUACACCUUCCUCCGGGCAGCUUUCAUCAGCCUAAGUCAAGAAGCACCCGUGGUCCAGACGGUGGCAUUGCUGGUGAUCCAAACCAGCAUGCUCGUUGUCGUCAGUGUCUGUCGACCCUGGAUGAACAAGAAGACCAAUAUCUACAACAUCUCGAUCACGGCGUUCAACUUCAUCAACGCCAUCUUCUUCCUUUUCUUCGCCGACGUGUUCAACCAACCUGGCAUCGUCACGGGGGUGAUGGGCGUCGUCUUCUUCGUCUUCAACACGGCCUUCGUCCUCGUCCUUCUGGUCCUGAUACUAGUUGACUCGGUAUACGCGAUCCUCUCAAAGAACCCAGAUAUCCGGUACCAACCCAUGCAAGAUGACCGGGACUCAUUCGUCCGAUCGCACAGCCAACUGGGGAUGGCCGAGCUGCAUGCCCUCGGGGCCACGGCUCGAGGCGACCCCCCGACAGCACUGUACAAGGCCCUUCGGGGAGCCACCGACAGCGACCUCGAUCCCCUCGCCACCAGCCGGAAGGAGACAAGCACCAGCCCCCUCAACGGCGGACAUUCUUCAAGUGGAGAUGUCACGCUGCAUGAACGACAGUUCCCUACGUCGGUGGUGGAUCUCUCGGUGCCCCUCUUCCCCAGCGGGGGAGGACCAGGUCAGGAGGAUCGUAAAGUCCGACGACAAUCAUCUUCGCCGAUGUGA